GUCAUGACUAACGAAUGCUUUCCUGUCUGAUAUUUACCCAGCAUAAAUCCAUCUCGGAAGAUAUCGGUUACAAGUGAAAUGUUGAAGAAUAAUAUAGCAAAAUAUCAUCGAAAAGCUGAAAUUCUACCACGUGUUUCAUCGGUCUGUAGUACCAGCGGGAAAAAAACUAUUAGACAAAGAAAGAGUUAUAGUAGUUGCAGUAGAAAGAGAAUAACAAGAAAGCAUCGUAUUAUAACGACAAAUCUUCACCCUACAGAGAAUAUUCCCUUAAUCAGUAGACAGUAUAUUGGCGAUGAGAAUCCGAUAAGAAAGAAAUGUCAAUCACUAGGCUAUGGGAAAGGCGGUAGUCAAAUUAUUGUCAAACAUCGUAUAAAUCCACCUCGACAAAAAUCUGUCAGCCGAAGUGAGCACAUCCGUACAUCUCCGUACACCUGUCAGUUAGCCUCUUCUAGGAUGAAAACAACAAAUUCGCUAACCUAUACAUCAAAAAUGCCUAAAACAAUAAUUACUCCAGUUAGUCGGAUAGGAGAAUCAUUGAAGCCUUCCUCGACUCCAUUAUUACCCUUUAAUGUGCAUAAAUCGACUUCUAAAUACCAAACAUCUAAUUCUAAGCCUAAAAAAGAUGGCUGUGCUGAUGAACAAGAAAACACCGAUGAUAUGGAGUCAAUGCUAGUAAAAUUUAUUGAAGAAGAAUAUGAAAGUUCAGCUGAUGAAACCUAUGAAUAUCCUACACAAGGGAAUAUUUGUCGUCUAUGCAAGUCAGACAGAUUGCCCAUGCCUGAUUCAAGCAGUGGAACUACAGUGAAUUAUUUAACAGACAAUUGUCUUCUGUCUCAAUCAAGUUUAUCAAGUGAUUACUCUACCAGGUGGGUACCAAAGAAUAAUAAUAUUGAAGUUAAGCGAAAUGAUCAUAUUGGAUUAGGUAGUCAGUUAGGCAACGGUCAUACACGUCGUCUGCAAGAGAGGCAAUCUCUUAAUUCCACUCAGAAUAAACUGUCUCGAAUAAAAUGUCCGUCAUGUGAUGUGUAUACUGGCAAUUCAUCAAGGCAUACUAAUGAAACGUACCAGUUGUGUUAUGCAUUCAAUUUCUCUAAUGAAACAUCAGACGAGAAGCCGAGAAAAGCAUUUUUUCGAAAUUUUCCUCCACUUUACCGUUUACGUCAUCAUUACCAUAAUCCUCGUAUAGAAGGUACUCCUGAACCCACUGAACGUAUGCCAGAUACGCAAGAAGGCACACAUACUUCACCCUGUCGAAAAUUAUGCAAACAUAUCUAUCCAAAACUACCGUUGUUCUGUCAACCAUCAGAGAAGACAACACCAAUGAGUUUUGAUCCCCAAAAAAUCAAUCAAAAUGAUACGUUAGAUGCUGAUAAUUUCCCUUCAUCAGAGAAUCGUCAACCGACUAACUCAAGGAAAUGGUUAUCCCAACAGUCAUUUAAAAAAGUGCUUCAAGGCUUUCCAUAUUUACGACAUACUUCUCAUACAAGUCUAUCACCUGUUCAUGUAAGUAUUUCCAAGCCACCUGAAAAACAACAAACAAUCUGGAAGCAUAGUGAAUUUAAAUCACCAAAAGAUUUAAUGGAGAAAGUUAUCAGUGGUAGACAUUCAAUGACUAACCUUCAUUUACACGAAACAGAAAGUGUAAUCAUGACAAAAGAAGAGGAUUUGACUAUGCGGUUAGACAUUGAAUGUUUAGGCGAGAAACAUUUAAGCCCUAGUGAAGAUAUUUAUGCAAGUAGAAUCGAUACAAAGCAACUAGACAGGCCAACAAGUCAAGAUAUUUCAUCAUCAAGAACCUUAAUAAUACCUACGUCUGUUGAAGCUAUUUCAUCGAAAGAGGUUGGCGCAGAUGGACAGCAUCCAAGUCGUCGUAGUCAACAGAAUGAUAAAAUAUUAUUACCUUCUGACUACUCAGUUACCGGUGAUCUAGCUAGAAAAUUACAGGUACCCUAUGAAAUUAGGAACAAGGAUAAUACUGAUAACACAGCGAAGCUUGUUGUAACUUCCAAAGGACAGCUGGAACCCGAAGAAGAAGAAGAGCAAGACAAAGAAGUGAGUCAUCCUCCAAGAAUUGUAGACAUGAAUAAAAAUAUUCAGCAUAGAAAUGAAGGAAGCUAUAGUGUAUCACUUAUAAGCCAUUCAUCUAUGAAUGAUGAUGCGAGUAGAAGAAGCCAAAAGCAGUUCCUUCGAGUCAAUGGGCGUGAAAACGACACAAUUCCAACUGAGAAGACACAAACCACUUUGGGUAAACUAGCCGCAAAUAAUUUAAAGUUAAAUACAAAUUUAUAUUUACCAGAAAGUGACACGGAGAACACAAUGAAUUUGCUUGUCACUCUUAGACAAGACAAUAUGAAGACGCCAGAUCUCUAUGAGAAAUUUCAAAGUUAUAUACUAAAUUUUCCCUUAACACUGCAAGAAAGUAGCGUACCCCAAUCCUUCGAGGAUAAAACAUUGAGUCAAUCUUCAAAAGAUGAUGACACAGGCAUGAAAAUGUCACCAAGAAUAGAAAUUUGUAAAAUUGCUUCAAAAGACUCAGUGAUGUGUAUAGGUCAGGAUAUACUUGAAUUCAGCAGGCCAGAAUCGUAUACACCACAUCAGAUGGAGGGAUUAUUGGCGGAAGAAGAUGGUGUGACUGAGGUGUCAAAGUUAAAUGAACCCUUAAUUAUUAAUCAACUAGAAACAGAGGUGGAUAAAGUGAAAGCCAUGAAUUUACAAUCGCAUAAAACUCAACUACACUUUGUACCACCACAUUUUGAUAACCAAUCAAAACUCUACUAUCGUGAUAUUAAAACUCGUAGAAAACGGAUUAAACGUACUAAUACGAUGAGGGGUAAUCGUCUAUUGUACAUGACUAGCGAACGUGUACAACUGAAAUCCUAUGGAUUAUGCAAUUAUGACAUUGAUAAACUUCAGAGUUACCAGUUGUAUCGUGCACAAAAAUCCUAUCGACAACUCAAUCCUAGCUAUCAUUUACACGAGGAAUUAACUCACAGACGACUGUUGGGGCUGCAUUGUAUACGUGAUUUAAGAAUGAUUAUCCGGUCGGAACCCAUUAUACAUCAAGCUAGACCCAUUAAUGAGACGAGAAUAUGCUUUGACAAAAAACUCAAGGAUAGACCACAAACAAAACGAGUGGCAAGUAAUGCGCCACAACUUGAAUUUCAUCAAGAAGUGUCCACCCUUUCACCUGAUGCUCAUGGGAUUCAGAUAUCACAGGGAGUCAAAGAUGAUAUGUACGCUUAUGCUUCUCCGUAUGAAGAAAGUAUACUAUCACUUAGAGAUUCUCAAGAUGAAACUAGUCAGAAAGAUUCUACAAGUUUGAGUGAAGGAGAGGUGAAAAUUCUUCCAACCACCAGUCCAUUCAGUCUGUUGACAGGAAAAUCUACCAGGAAGUCAAAUGAAUUGAAAUUGUUGAAUGUUACGUCUAAACUGAAGUCAACAUUGAAAAAUGCUGAAACUUUAUCAUGCCUAAAGAAAACUCCCAAACCACGUGAUAUUCAAGAGAAAAGUCAGAGGAAUAGACCAGUGCCACUACUUCGUACAAAAUCGCAUCGAAUUACUAAAGCUGACAGUUUACAAACACGUCGUAAAGAAUAUGAAGCAGAAUUAUGCGAAGCAGUGAUGAACACCCCAGUGGCUGAUUUAAGCGAGAAGAUCAAAUCUAUAAUUGAACGCUAUGCGGAUCUACAGACAACAGAUAGUCAAGUGGUAAGUCCAGUAUACACACAAACACGCAUCUCUCAGAUAUCAUCAAGUGAAAGCAAUCCAACUAUUCAAGGGGAUAGUAAUUCAAAAGGUGAAUGUUUAUGCAAGAACAGAAAGCAGAGAAUAGAUGAUGACGAAAAAACUUCACUACUACUACUACUACCUGACGACACCUCAAUGAAGUGUGAUGAAGAGGUUUCCGCCGAAUUCAGUGAUUCUUCAAGUGAUGAAAUGAGUUUGCUAACGUUGAAUAGAUUACUGGAGAAAACAUUAAAACACGAUGAGUUAUUCAUGUCAAGACGGAUUCAUAGCAGUCGGACGAGUAGUCAUGAUACCGGCGGUAGUGGUGGUAGUAGUACUACAAGCAGUCAUGAAACUAGUCCCACAACGUCAUCAAUUAGUCAGUAUCUCUGCGAUGAACACAAGCAUCACCCAUCACUGCAUAAAAUUAGACAAGAAUUGGACUCAUCACGUGACAAGUUGACAACAUCACGUUGUCGCAGUGCAAAUAGUCAUAUUUUAGACAAAGAUAGCCUCUUACUACUACCUAUUUUAACAAAUGAUCAUCGAUUAAAACAUAGAAAAGCAAUAAAAUUAUUGGAAUUAUCAAACAGCUUGAAAGAGAUAUCUAUCAUAUGCUUAUAUCAUGAAUUACGUAGGGCGAUGAAACGUAAGGAUACAAUUAGGCAGUUGGUUAAGAAAAUACUCAAUACAUAAAUUUUGUCGACUAAAAAUUUACUCUCUUUUCUGUCCGAAGGAUGAACAACCACUUGAAAGAGGAG